CGCAUUCAGCACCGCUCUACCAUCUCCCUUUCACCCCCUCUCAAGCCCACCACCCACGGUCACCCUCAGACCAUCCGAGUCACAGUCCAAUUCCGAUCGCCCACCAUGUGCAAGUAUUUCAAAAAGAUUUUCACCUGCUCCCACUUCAGCCAAAUCUACGUCGAGCGCUGCCUGCCCGCCUGCAAACCCGGCGUGGAAGCCUGCACGACCACCGACGCCUCGCACGACCCUGAUGCUUUCAACGCGCAGCUGGAUCGGGACGCGCGCCGGAGCUACUUCGCGUGCUUCAAAUGCAUCACGGAAGAGGCGAAUGCAGAGAGAACGGCUGCUGCAGAAGCCGCUGCCGCUCUGGAACAGGAUCCCGCCAAGCGCGCCGAGACAAUGCUGAGGCAGGCACGCUAUACGUCCACUGCGGUCAAGGCAGACGCAAAUCGCAAAGUGGCGGAGCGGAAGAUCAAGACGGAGCGCGACGCGGAUGCUGCGAAGGCAGAAGCCCUCAAGGCAGAGAAGGAGCCCGCGGCCCGCGGAGAGGGCAUGUGGAUCGAGAUGGGCAGUGCACACAAGAAGAAAGGAUGGGGUGGGCAUGGACGCGGGUUCCGCGAUGAGAAGAGUGCGGUGCAGUCUGCGCCGCCGAUGCCGACGUUCAGGAUGGGUGUCGAUGCGGCGGUUGGGGGAUGGGAGGGCAAGACGGGAGAAUUCAAGAAAGCGAAUGUGCCGAGUAGUGCGAAUGAGACUGGCACGGGAAGCGGGGUGGGAGCUUGGCCGAGGAAGAUCCUAAUCAAGCCCGUGCAGAAGCAGCGUGAGAACUGGGGUUGGAAGUGAGGAGUGGUGCUUGGAGGAC